UCUCUCUUCUCUCUCUCACUUAAACUUCUCUCCACCUAAACCCUCCGCUUCCAUCAACGAGCAGCACUCGCCGGCGCCGCUGCAAGUCCGUCGAGAUCCUCCACUACCAGGUCCACGCAAUCCGAAAAGUUUGAUUGAUGUAUACUUGCAGCCUUUGAUUGAUGAGUUACAAUUAUUAUGGCAUCAAGGUGUGGAAACAUAUGAUAUAUCAACCAAACAAAACUUCAGAUUGCAUGCUGCUUUGAUGUGGACUAUAAAUGAUUUUCCUGCUUAUGGAAUGUUGUCCGGGUGGUCGACUGCUGGAAAGUUAGCUUGCCCUUGUUGUAUGGAAGACACUAAAGCAUUUACUUUGAAACAUAGAGGUAAAAAUACAUGGUUCGACUGCCACCGUAGAUUCUUGCCAAUGAAUCAUGAAUUUAGGCGAAAUACAAGGGUAGCAGUUCCAGAUAUGGCAUCUAAGGGGAAGGGAAAAAUAAAAUCUAAGAAGAAAAAACAACCUGUUCCAACUUCCUCAAUUAUGCGAAAUAUGAGUCAUCCUCUUCCUCAUCCUCCUCAGUCGACUUCAUUGCCAUCUACCAUGUUCACUAUCCCCCCUCCAUCUAAUAAUUCAGUUCAGUAUUAUUCUAUGCCUGCUAAAGGCAGUCAAAGUAACACUGUUUUUAACUUUGUGCUCACACCUUCUAUACCAUUAUCUUCACCGGGCUUUCAUGGUAGUGAACAUGGUGGCUUACCAGCUGUUGCACCCUCGGUCUUUUAUGGUAGUCAACAUACUGACUCACCAGCUACUGCACCCCCGGGCUUUCAUGGUAGUCAGCAUAUUGGCUCACCAGCUGCUGCACCCCCGAGCUUUCAUGGUAGUCAGCAUACUGGCUCACCAGCUGCUGCACCCCCGAGCUUUCAUGGUAGUCAGCAUGAUGGUGCGUCUUUUGUUGCUCCAUCAUCUUCCAGUCCAUCAUCAUCAUCCAUUCCCAGCAUAUCUAGGUUGGAUAUUGGAGGCUCUCGCCCAGCUACAUCUAGUGCUGCUUCUGCACCAUCUCGUAGACGCAGGCAGAAUCUUGGAGGGGAUGUACAAUUUGAUAGUUAUAAUCGAUUGAUAAUCGUCCCCCACAAGAAUGGGUUUUUGCCAUCCUUUCAAGCUACACAUAUGGUUACAGAUUCUAUGAAGCCAUUUUAUCAUGAGCCGUGGACUUCUUGGAAAAAGAUACCGUACAGCAUCAGAGAGCAAAUGUGGAAUCAAUUUGGACAAGUGGAUGAUGAAUUAGCAGAUGAAUUGCAGCAUAAUGAAGGGAUAUAUGAAGAAUUUGAUCCUUCUGUCCUUGCUACAAAUGAGGACGAAGAUAGAGGUGUAGAACAUGAAACAAGUGAUGAGGAAGAAUUACAAGAUGAAAGUGAUGAAGACUUAGAUGAUUACUAUGAAGAUAGAGAUGAAGAUUAA